AUGAUCAGCCAACUGAAGACCUGGGUCAACUUUAGCACACCAGAAGCUCGAAAUAUCGUGCCUAAAAUACUUGCGUCAGCUCUUCACCGUGAACUUGGGCUCAAUACGCACGAGAUCUACAAAAGAGUUCCCAGAUACCACCACAAGCAGAUCCCUACUGGCCUCCGCAACCAUGGAGGCAGAUCACGUAGUUCGUUCAGUAAAAUAACCGAAGAAGACAAUCCUGGAGGAAAUGGCGAUGCCACGGAAAAUCGAGAAGACAUUCGCGAUCCAUCUCUCACGUCUAAGGCAUAUGGCAAGACAGAAAUUAAGAGUGACUUCAACAUCCCUGCGUCCGAUAUCUGGCAUUGGAGGUUGGCACUGGACUGCGAGGGACUACGAGACCAAGAUUAAUAACUACCGCAAACCUCCCAUAGAAAAAGUCCUUUAGAACCCAGAGAGAAAAAGGCUAGAAGCUGGACGUGCCGGAGGGAACCAAAGUUGACAAUGAUGCACCGAAAAGAGUCCAGGCUCCUGAUUUUCCUGCAUUCAGCUUUUAGCAUAGAUUUUUUACUCGGCUUGAACAAAGCAGCCUCUUGCAGCCGGUAUUCGUCCGUCGUCCGUCAUGUGCAGCUGCCUGCAAAACCGUCCUGACAUGUGCCCAAGCUUCUUAUAGUCUU